AUGGCAAACAUCCGAAAAACACACCCACUACUUAAAAUUAUUAAUGGAGCAUUUAUUGACCUCCCCACACCCUCCAACAUCUCCGUGUGAUGAAAUUUUGGCUCGCUCUUGGGCCUCUGCCUUGUCACACAAAUCCUAACAGGACUAUUUCUCGCAAUACACUACACAGCUGACAUUUCAACAGCCUUCUCCUCUGUCGCCCACAUCUGCCGAGAUGUAAAUUACGGAUGAUUAAUCCGCAAUAUUCAUGCAAACGGGGCCUCCUUCUUCUUUAUCUGCUUGUAUCUCCACGUAGCACGAGGCAUGUACUACGGUUCUUAUCUCCAAAAAGAAACCUGAAACAUCGGAGUAAUCCUCCUGCUCCUCACCAUAAUAACCGCCUUCGUAGGAUAUGUACUGCCCUGAGGACAGAUAUCAUUUUGAGGAGCAACCGUCAUCACCAAUCUACUUUCCGCCUUUCCGUACAUCGGCGACACACUAGUACAAUGAAUCUGAGGCGGCUUUUCAGUAGACAACGCCACCCUCACCCGAUUUUUCGCCUUUCACUUUCUUCUACCAUUCGUAAUCGCCGGAGCUAGCAUAAUUCACCUUCUGUUUCUACACCAAACAGGGUCAAACAACCCAACAGGGUUAAACUCAGACGCAGACAAAGUAACAUUCCACCCUUACUUCUCAUACAAAGACUUGUUGGGAUUUAUCCUAAUGCUAGUUGGACUCACCUCCGUAGCACUAUUUUCCCCCAACCUCCUGGGCGACCCAGACAACUUCACACCCGCCAAUCCCCUCGUCACUCCCCCACACAUCAAGCCCGAAUGAUAUUUUCUCUUCGCCUACGCCAUUCUCCGAUCUAUCCCAAACAAAUUAGGUGGGGUUUUAGCCCUUCUAUUCUCUAUUCUAGUCCUAAUAUUAGUACCAAUACUCCACACUUCUAAACAACGAGGAAACACAUUCCGGCCCCUCUCCCAAAUUCUAUUCUGAACCCUAGUGGCCGACAUACUAGUACUCACAUGAAUUGGAGGCCAGCCAGUCGAACACCCGUUCGUCCUAAUUGGACAGGUAGCUUCCACAGUCUAUUUUGCCCUAUUUUUAAUCGCCCUCCCUCUGACUGGCUUACUAGAAAAUAAAGCCUUAAACUGAAACU